UAAUUAUGUCUAUAGUAGAGUUACGGAUUUUUCUAAUUAGUUUAAAAUAUGCUUAGGUUUGUUGGACCCCGUAUGGUACCGGUGCACAUUACUUACAUCCUCGGAGCAUGUAUUAUGGCACGAUACAGUUCAUGGAUAUAGUGGAGCCGUACAUGCCCGACCGAGCGUUGCGGCAGUUUGGAAGAGUCCAGACUAUUCCAUUCCCGAUAAUUGAAUCGAACUUGCCACAUAACCGCGGCUUGUUUGGCGCGGGAUACAAAGUCACUUUCCACGCUCCUGGCGGCAUGUGGCAGAACGAGUACGCCAACUUCAUUGACCUGUCGCAAUACCCUGAAGCCUGGCCGCCGGAAACAGUUGCCGAGGAGUACAUGAAGUGGUACAUCGAGCGGACGCACCGGCUCAUUAGCAACCCUGAUAGAGUUCCGCCUGCAGAACGGGUUGUUGCUGCGAUGCCGCCAGACCAGCCGUUCGCCAACGACAUAGCUCGGUUCCUAGUUCCGAUCGUGUUCGGUUUGACUGGUGACGACGCAACAGAGGCAUUCCUGAGCAUUCAGCCGCAGUUGAGGGACUUGUUGACGCCACAUGCCCACUAUUUGCGUCUCUUACCUAGGAGGGGUCGCGGGGGAGGUCCGAGGACUCGGGGUCGGGGGUCGAGGGGUGGACAGUAGGACAUGUAUUCGUGUGUUGUGAUUUGUUGUUUGUUUUCGGAUUUAGUUUUUUGUACGGAUGUUUCAUUUUGGAUUUGCGGUUUUUUCUUAUUUGCCCGUAUUUUAAUUACGUUGU